UCUCCGUCAAAAUACCGACCAGUGAAGUAAUGUUUUGGUCGAGUUGGAAGUUUUCAAUGUCAUAUAUAUCCUUUUUAGCGACAUUUUUAACCAUUUUAACCAUUUCUGGAGGGUUUUUCGGAAAUGUCCACUAGCAUCACACUCCAAGAGGACAUUAAGAAUGCAAGAAUACCUGGAACAUCGUAUAUUUCUGGAAAUGGAGUACGGCAAAGAGCAAACAAUGCUGAAUGUGACGAAGAAACACCUCAUUACUUUAUUCGACCGUUCAAGGAGGGAGCUGCAUCACUGUCAUCUCUGCAGAGCUUUAUCCAAGAACUCGUAUGGUUGUUCAAUCAGAGAGAGGCACAGCAAACCUUAGGCCUCGUUGCUGUGAACCUCUUAGCCACCCUCUUGCUCCUUUCGUGGUGCCAUGCUACUCGAAGUAUGGCUCUCAUGGCAUACACAUACCUCUCGUGGUUUAGCUUAUUAAGUUUGGUAACGUGCUUAGUGUGUGUAUGGGCUGAGAGUCAAAAGGCCACACCAACAUUCACCUUCGGAUACCGGAGAUGUGAAGCCCUGGCUGUGUUCGCUUCUGUGACUCUCUCAUUACUUGGUGCAGUCAUUAUUGUUAAGGAAUGCAUUGAGAGACUACUGGAGCCAGAAGAAGUACAUACGGGCAUGUUAUGCAUGGGUGGCAUAGUGGGAUUGCUACUUCACCUUGGCAUGACAGUCCUGGCUCACAAUCCUCCCCUCACUCAAGUUUUACGUGCAUCUCAAUCAUCACUGUUGCAGGAGCAUGUAGCUGAUAUGUGCCAGAGUCUUUGCAACUAUGUGCCAGCCCUGUCACGUGUGCUCCUGCCAAGAGUGAAUCCAGUGGUUCUCAUAUCAAUUGCAGGUUUCCUGGCAAUCAUUGGAGACAAUAUCAUCCUGGAGAUAUACAACUACCAGGCAGCAGAUAGCAUAGCAGCUCUGAUCAUUGCAAUCCUCACUAUCACCACUAUGUUUCCUCUAUGCGUUUGCUCUGCCAGUAUCUUACUCCAGACGACCCCAGUCAGUGUGUUUGCACAACUAGACAAAUGCCUAAGAGAAGCACUCACCCUUGAUGGAGUUCUUGAGUUUCGUCAUGAGAACAUUUGGACAUUGGGCUUGAGUGAUCCUUCUCGUGGGUCACUGUCUGCUUUAGGAGAUCACAGUGGAUUUAUUCUAACAGGAAGCCUUCAUGUUCGUAUUAGACGUGAUGCUAAUGAGCAGAUGGUCUUAGCUCAUGUACGUGAGAGACUUGCACCUCUGGUGCCAUUACUGACAGUUCAGGUCUUUAAGGAUGACUGGACUCGUAGCUCCACCACACUGCAGUUGCUGAAUGAUUCUUCCAGAGCCCUUGCAAGCUCACCAUCACAUUCACCUCAUUAUGUUAAUGUUACAUAUCCCCAUAUUUAUCCCUCUGCCAAAACUUCAGGAGGUCGUAGUCCCUUCUUCCCACAUAAUUCACCCAUGGGGCCCCUUUCCACCUAUUCUCCCUCCACAUUAUCUCAAGGAAGCUUAGGAUACUCCCACAGCACACCAACCCUGUCGUCUUCAUCAGGUUCAGAACAUUAUGAUCAUGGAGCCCACAGGAAUUUUCCAAAAGAGAGAAUGGCUUUCCAAAAUAAUUCAUCAGAUGACACACACAGACUUAGUUCUGCAAUGCAUAAGGAGGCAACGUAUCUCAGCAGUCCGGGCUUAGACGAAAGCCAGGAAAAGGUUCAAGGAAGUAGAGUGGGAGAGGGAGGCUUUACAGGUAAUCAGCUUAGUCAGAAACCAUCUCCUUAUUAUGUUAAUGUUGACUUUUUAAAUAGAUCAAAUGUUUUACAUGAUAAUACAUGGAAUGCUGCAGGUAGUAGAAACCAAGAGGAAAAUCUUAUGAAUGAUGGUACAAGAUAAUAUUUAUUUAAUAGUGUUAUUCUUUCAUGUACUCAGCAUUUGAUAUUUUAUGUAUAAUCUUCAUAUUUUUUUACAAAAGGAAAAAUAUAUAUAUCGUUAAAAAACAGAUAAAGAAUAAAUUGUCUUAGAAUGAAUAAGUAACAGGAGUUUUAUUUAAACCAGUUUACAGAAACUUACCAUGAGUGCAUGUUUAUUUUCAAAAGUAUGUGUGUGUGUGUGUGUGAAUAUUUGUAUAUGAUUUUUGUGUGGUCAUACCUGUAACUUUAUGUGCAUGUAUCAUCAGAGCUAUAUUCAUGAGAAGGUGAGGCCUAAUCCCAUAUGAAGUUGUAAAGGUGCUAAAUGGUAAAUAUUAACUGAAGAUAAAGACAGUAUAAGAGCUGCAUCUAUGGACAAUAAAACUUCACUUGGUUUACAUUAAUCAAACAUAAAUUGUGGUUCAGAUACAUUUUGGAAAUCUUAAAGAGGUGAUUUUAGACAUGAAACCCUAAUUCCGGCACUAACACUCUCUCCCUCCCUCCAUCUUUUUCUCCCCCUCUCUCUAUUUCUCUAUAUCUCUUUCUCUGUAGUGUUUGUGUGUCUAUAUCUGUCUGUUAGUGCCUGUUGAGUGUAGCCAGUAUCCACACCCACAAUCCUAGAUAUUAAUAUUGUAGUUCUCCAUAUUUAAAUUAAUAACUGAAUCACAUAUUGUCAUGCAAUACAGUAAUACAAAGUGUUCAGUACUAAGUCUGCUAUGUUUAUUUGUACAAUAUUUUAGAGAAGUAAUAUACAGUGUGAGCUUAAUUCACAAACUAACCUCAUAAAGCAGGAAUAUCACAUUUUCUUUUUUAUUUACUUUAUUAACUUUUCUUUUGCUUUUCUUCAUUUUCUUUUCUGUUCAAUUCCUAUCCUUAUCUUCCUCUGUUAAUGUAGUUUGCCAUUAUGUUGGCCUCCUCUUUACAAUUCCAUCUUUCUUGUAUCCCUUCUUUUUUCUUCUUUUUCUGUCUUCCAUCUCCUCCAUGAAUUUUCUCCUCUCAUUGCUCUUCUUUUGCUUUUCCCCUCUAUUUUAACCUCCUUUCUUCCUCCUCCUCACUCACUGUACAAAAUGAGCUUGUUACACUUUCAGACUGAGUGGGUCAGUAUGGUGUAAUUAAUAUAACUAAGGAACAAGGUUAAUGAUGAUAAUGCAUGAAAAUAUUAAUUUUUUGUUUUUGUUUUAGGAGGAGUGUGUGUAUGGCAUACUUUGGCAAUAGUAUGGUAUGCAUCAUGGUAUUUUAUUAGGCAGAAUAUAUUACCCAAGUAUUUGAAUAUCUUCCUUAUUAUUAUAAUUGUUAUUGUUACAUUAUCAUUAUUAAAAUAAUUAUUAUUUAUUUACUAUUGUCAUUGUUGUCAAUAUUGAUGUUACUAUUUGUAUUUGUAUUAAACAUAACAUAUUUUGUGUUGCUGUUAUUAAUUAUAAUAUCAAUAUCAUUAUCAAGACAAUAUCACUUGGUUUAUUAUAACAUUAUUUAUAUUUUGUGAAAAAGAAAAUAAUUUUGAUCAUGGUAAUGAAUAAAAGGAGUUAUGAAACCAAAGUAAUGGAUAUAAACUUUUAUAACUUCAGUAUUCAUUAGUGCAUUAAGACCUGUUCAUAUGAUCAAUCAGUGUUCAUUAAACUUUGGCAUUGUCCAUGGGUGCACACAUAUUGUUGUGUACAUGGGGUGCAGGCAAAGCUGGGCAGGAGCAAGAGGAAGUACCUGAUAGGGCUGUGUGGUACAAAAAGCAUAGUGCCCCACAAGGAGGAUCUGAGUGAUCUUUGGUGAGCAGUGUAAUGGACAUAUUUGAUAAUUAUUUUGGUCAAAACUUACAUAGAUGACAACAAUGCUCACACUCCCUAGGGUCCACAUGUAACUUUAUUUGUCUAGCAGUCAUGUUACUAGUCUAAGUCUGAUUAAACUGUUCAGGUUCCAGCAUGGGCACUUUGGUUCUUUCUCUGUGGACUCAGUCUGUCAACAGGUUACCUUCUAGCUUGUGUCUGUGAACACAUCAUAUAAUACUUUGUCACUUGUCUCUUUAUUGAAUAUGUAUGUGUGAAAACUUGUAAUUAUCUUUUUUGUGUGUGUGGGUUUGUGUGUAUGGGGGGUAUGCAUGCAUACAUGUUUGUGAGAGGAAAUGCUUUCCUUUACCAAUACCUGUUUAAUGUGAGUGGUUGUCUGUGGACAUGUUUAUACAGUAAUAUAUUUUACUUGUACAUUGGACAUUGCAGAACUGUAUUUUUCCAUUGUUCAGCAUCAUCUUUGUUGUAUUAGUUACAGAAGAAUUAUCAGUCAUUUAUGUUAUAUUCAAAUAAUUCUUCUUUGGUUGUUUUUGUUGUGACUAAUUAAUAAUAGAGAAUGUUAUUUUGAUAUUUGAAAGUCCAAAUUUGUUCUCUAUGCAUUAUCUAAUUAUGCUAAUUUUGUCAAGCUUACUUAGUUUUAUUUGCUUAAGUCAAAGUGCAAUGUAUACAUACCUGGAGAUUUUAAGUGAUAUGAAGUGGCAAGCAUUCCGUGAUAAAAUUAAUAUUAUUGCCAUGUAGCUCCCCUUUGGUAUUUCUUGAGGAAACUGUAUACAUGUAUGUGCAAUGUAUUGGUGAAUUAAGAAGAUUAACUUUUUCA